UCCGCACACUUGUGCCGCGAGCCACAGUUUGGCAUUCUGCUUUUGCACAGUUGACGCUGCCGAGCUGCAGGGAAGUUUUGAGACAGGCUGAUGAGCUGUAGAAGUGCAUCCAGUGUGGUCUACCAGGAUGCGCUGUAGGCUAUGGCGGAGGCUAUGGCGGAAGUGGAUGCAGUGCAGACUGGACUAUCAGAACUUGUCUCGACGAAGGUCGACUGAUGCGGAAGGUGUUGGACCAAGCGAUUUAUUCCUUUGAGUUGUGUUCCAGCUGAUCGCGAGAACAAUGGUGCCGUCGUGGGAAACAAGAUGUACUGUCAAAGUUGACUGUCAAAGUCGAACAAGGGCAGCGUGCCUUCGACCCGUUUUGGCGUCUCGGCAGUGCUACGACGGUUCUGCUUGGUUAACAUGUUCAACUUUGACUUCGAACAUGACGCGGCGCGAUCUUGAGCUUGUUCGAGCCUCAGAGGAUGCGGACGCACCACUAGGCUGAAACAUGCUGAAUCUAUUUGAGAAUCGAAACCUUCAAAGCAAGAUUUGCCAUGAUUUGCCAUCCUGUAAACAGUGCUGCUGUGUUUUGAUGUGUUCGGGCGGCUACCUCAGCAAACUGGACAAUGGCAGGUCUUUGCAAGCACCAAAUCUUCGAGGUGUCGCAAAGUGUCAUCCAAGAACAAACUCGGCAGCAACACUUGAACUGUGCUUGGCAAGAGUUUCUGCACACUCUUUGAGCUGGACGAGUGCCACGCGAAGUGCAUGAAACACGUGGGCCCUAUCAAGAUCGAAGAAAGAGGCGCCCAGCGCGAGAAUGCCACAAGCGUCAAAAUGUCCCUGAACAUGUCGCGCGCGGAUCGCCGGUCAUGGACCGCCGGGAAGCAACUGCGUGGUGGGAAGCAAUUGCCAAAAGCUGCGCCCUGCAAAAUCUCCGCUGGAUCAGACACCGUUUGUCUCCAAGCUGUUGCCAGAUGGGUCAGAGAUUUGGACGUCUAUUUUGGAGACGGAUGCCAUCACAUAUGCAAAUGAUGUCACGCAAGAUGGUGGCAACAUCUACUUCUCUUGACUGGAGAACAGGACGAGAUUUGGGCGUUGCCAAAGCACCUGGCCGAGCAGUUUAUGUUUGCAGCUACAAUCAAUCAAGGAUGCCUUUGUAUUGCGACUUCCACGUUCAAGACGUCGACUCGCUUGACAAGUGACAGGAUAGAAUCGAUGCGUCACCUCACUUUAUGUCACAGAGCUGGGGUGGAACAUUUUCCGCUGGCAAACAGUCAAUUUGAGAGGGUUGUGGUUGGUGAGAAAGACUGCUCAAGUUUGGGCAUACAUAGUUUUACAUCAUCAUCCACCAUCAAUGUUACGUUUGCAAACUUCUCGCUUGCAUUGGCGGCCAAAGACAAGUGGUUUGAUUCCUUGCAUUGGUUGCAUUGGGCAGUAGUGACGUGGAACACAAGUUCAUGGCCUUCAGUGUCAAUGACUGGAACAGGCAUUCUGUGAACGUGUAAUCGUUUUGUAAGUUUGACCUGCGCGCCGCAACAUUAAGUUUUGAACGCCUUUCAAAAUGCAGACACCUGCGGAAGCAGGCAUCCAAUGAGAUCACGGUGUUUUGCUCAAGUACAUUGUUCUUUUGGAGCAGUGAUUGCGCUAGAGUCUAGAGGUUUUUUUCCGGGUGUGCCCUCUAUACUAUGGCCAAACUUAGGACAAAAUCACAAAGCGAC